AUGGACGAGGACGCGAAGGAGCAGCCGCGGCGGCUGCGUCGUGUUCUUCGUUCCUCUGCCGUCCGCCAUCAGCAGCAGGACGACGGUGGUAAUGAGGCAGAGGUGGCCGCUGUGCCGACGGUACGGUUUGCACCCUCCGUGACUUCUGCAAAGGGAACUGUGCCUGUCGCACGCGCAUCAGAGCCGCUGUCAGAGGGUCCGUCGACAAUAUCAGGGGCUCGGCUACACACUGCUAUUCCGGGUGAAAGUCGGUCAGACUUGCAGGUCUCUGCUGUUACGCCUCGUCAUGAUUUUGGGGGUGAUGCAGUAGCCUCCACGACACACAGCAGCAGCAGCUCCGCUGUGCCUGGGGCUUCCACCGCGGCGCCCUCACCGAGGCCCACUCAGGCACCGGUGAGUACGUCCUCAGCUGCAGAGGCGACUAUGGAGUCUGGCAUGGCUGGUCGACGGAUGGUGGUGGAUCGCACCCUUUUCAGCACCAUCGCCUUCUCCUCUUCACUCUUCGUGAAUAACAUCUCUCAGUGGCUGUUAUACCCAGUGCUGCAGAGGUACCGCACAGAGCAAAGGCGUCUCCUCACCGCUGGCGGACCAGCCGGGGCGGGUGGCGGCAAGGACGGUGGCGGUGGCACUGUUGCUGGCGGGCGUGCAGACAGUGAGGCAGCGCAGCUGCUAGGCAGCGACGGCACGUCUCUGUUUGGCAACAGUCGCAUGCCGAUGGGCAUGCGCACACGAGGAGGGGUAGUGUCCAACAAGCGUGGCAUGGCUGACGAGGAUAGACGUUCCGGUGGCGGCGGCGAAGUCACCCCCGACUUUGCGAGUCUUGCUAGCCAACUCACGUCCACGCUGGAGGAGGCGUUGGAGGAGGUGCGCCACCUACUCGAGGAGGAGGAGACACUACUGCACCGCGAGGAGGUGCGGUGCAAGCGAGUCGAGAUCCGGGAGAAGCGGAGGCUGGCGACGGUGAGGCUCGGGCUCGAGGGGACCUCUGCGCGGCUACAGCUGUACGAGAAUCGCGUCAGCAAUGCGCAGGCAGCCACGGCUGGUAUUGAGCAGCAUCUCACCCAAUCCAAUGCACGCGUGCAGCGUGGCAAGUCGGUUUCGCAGCUGCUGCGCUACUUCAAAAUGAUGACCGGCAUCUCAAGUGGUGAGCUGCGCGCGCUGCUGGAUUCCAUCUCGGCCACUCGCAAGACUCAACGCGCAGCUGUCACGACGCGCUGGGCAGCCGGGCGCGUCUCGGCCCUUCGUCCUCGUUUCUACACGACGGUAAUCAACCUCGAUGCGUCUGCCUCUACUGCAAAGCGCUCUGGUCUCGGGAGCACAGCUAGCUCCGCCACCAAACGCCCUGUAUCGAGCUCCCCACCCUUGGUAGGGGCUGACGCAGAUUCGGAGGUGGGUGUUGAUAACACCCUUGUGAAGCAAUCUAUCUCAGCGACUGCACAGACUCCAGAAACUGAUGCUCAGCUAGCGCUCACGGCGCGUCGGCCCCGCGUGUUUCGCAGCGGCGCGCGACGUGGUAGUCGAGCAGCAAGUCGUGACGUCUCUCCUCGGGCCCAGGCGCGUUCGCUUUCACCUCAGCGAUCUCCACGAACCGCAACCGGCGACGACGGGCCUGACGACGAUGAUGACGCGGCGCGUAUGCAGAGCGACAGUGGCGGCGGGAUCGUUGCGGAGGAUGGCCAGGACGUGCAGGAAGAAACGGAGGAGGACGACGAGGCCGCGGCAGUCAUGGAGGACGGCAGUGGCGGUGCGGACGGGGGUGCGAUUGUGGACCUGAUGCAGGUGCGCAUGCAGCGCGCUGAGGCCGCCGCUGUCGCAGCCGGACUUGAUCGACUUUUCGCCCUUCGCUUCUGCACCGAGGCGCAGGUCGAGUGGUGCCAAAGGCUCAUGCUGCUGGCGAACGAACUUGGGGAAUUGGCUAGCAACGUGAAAAACAUUCGAAUUUACGUGAACUGGCUGCGCAAGGAGCUCGUCUCCGACCUCUUCCACAUCGUGACGUGCUUCAGUGAUUUCUACAAUGCACACCCGCAGACGGCUGUGUAUCAAGCGUAUGGCCGCGCGCUGCUCAAGACACUUGGCCGCAUCUCGUCCUUGUACAACACGCUGACGCCGUCGAACGAUGAGCUGCUCUCCCUAUUCUUUUCUCGCUCCAUGAACGACUUGGGCUUGGUUUUGUUCAGUGAAUGGAGCCCAAAGCCGUUGCCGGGGCUGCCACCACUGCCGCAGCCGUCUGAUAUCCGCGCAAUGGACCACUAUCGGCAGCACACCGACAAGGAGCUGCAGCGAACCUUCCGCUUCCUGCUCGACUGCAUUCGCCGCAAUAUCGUCGUCGUCGAGACAAUCUUCGGCACCACCAACACAGCUCGCCAGCAGCUACUCUCACGCGUCACGGACGGAGUGGUCAGGCCGUUCCUGAGCCAGCAAAUCAAACUGGCGGAGACCCAGGCGGCGUCGAUGAUGCAGGCGGAGGGAAGCCUGACCCCGCGCACAAAGCGGCGCUGCGCUGCACGGGUCGCCGAUGUAAUUGCCUACCACCACACGAUGGAGACGCGCCUCUACUCCUUCUACCAGGAGUACAUGAAGGAGAUCAAGAGCAUCUUCAGCGCCAAUCAGGUCGAGUUCCUCGGCCGCUUUGUGGACGUCAUCUUUGUGCAGCGAAGUGCCUACAGCCACCAGCGCACGGAGCUGGAGCUGCUGAACCGGUACUUCACACUGAUCGAAGAAAAGUACACGCGCAGCCUGCACGCUAUCCCGGGCGAGUUCUUUGACUUGCGCGAGGCGCACAUGAAAAAGAUGAAAGAGGUAGUGACAUGUCUGAAGGAGGUGGCUGGUCGCGUGAAGACGUACGCGAUUCCCAAGGAGGUGGGCUGGUACGUGUGCGACCUCAUCAAGGCCACGCUCGCUUACGUCGGCAGCUACCUCGAUUCGGAGCUGCGCAAAGUGCUGGAUUCGCUACGCAGCGAUCGCGAUAACUGGCGGGUGAAGCCAAAGUCGGAGGAGGAGCUGCUGCAGCCGCCAAAGCUGGAGUCGCAGCAGUGUGCCAUUCGGAUGCUGCUCUUCGCCCAGUCCUCCCUUAUGAGUCUCAGCGAGACGGUGAACUCCAUCUGCGUCCCACUGUUGCAGCAACACCCGCGGCUCGUUCAAGACAUCGAGGAGGCGUGGGGCUCCGCUCUGGAGGCGCUUGAUGAACGCUCCGAGCGCGUGCUGAACAUGUGCGUGCAGGCAAUUCUGCUUCGCUCCCUCUCGAUUCUACAGCACUAUCAGCUGAAGAGCGACUACUUGCCCAAGGCGGACUCGAAGGGCAGCGACGUCGCCGCGGUAGCGCCGCCGUGCACGCGUGCCUGCACCUUAUUCUGCUACUACAUUACACGCCAAUUUGAUAUGGCUUCCGAGUUUAUUCGACUCUCCAAUGGGCAGGUGCACCAGCGGCAGACGGCGUCGCAGAUGGCCUCCAGCCGCUCCCUCGGCGCAGCGGUAUAUCAGCCUAAGGACUUGCUCUCUCAAGCCGCACGGGCAGCAGCGACAGAGGCGGUCGGCGGCAGUAGAAGUAGCACCUCCAUUCUGGAGACAGUGGUGUCCCCUGCCAGUGGCGGCCUCGCCGCCUCGACCUCCAGCGUCAGUGCUGUGCGGGCGCGGGCGCGUACAAUGAACCUCCAGCAGCUGUUGUACGGCGAUGGUGGCCCUUCGUCCUUUGUUCGCACCUUAGGCGUGUGCCUGUACCGCGGCAUUGCAGCUCACCUCAAGAGCUUCGCGGCGAAUGACCGCGGCGCGCUUGUCUAUAAGCAGGACGUAACCGCCUACAAGGAGGCGAUGGCUCCGCUCACGAACACACCCGGGCUUGGCGGGGCCGUGGUGGAGGUACUAUUUCAGAUGCUAAAGGAGACGAGCAGUCUGCUCAUCAUGCCGCUAGAUCACAUACGUGAAGUCAAGGAGUCGGGCUAUCUGAAGCUCAUGUCAGCAGAGGAGAAGCUGCGCUACCUGCGCAUUCGCCAAGACGUGCGUUCAGCCAUGAAGAUCAUAUCCAGGUAG